AUGACUGGUCUGAGGCGCACUCUGGGGCUUCUGGCUUUGAUGGUGAUUUCGAUCAGGGCUGAGGAGAAGAAGGCUAAAUUUGUCUCUGAAAGAAUUGAGGAAGCCAACACACACACUGUCAGAGCUCCUGAUGGGUUCUUUGUAGAGGAUGACAUGGCUUAUGACUCUGAGAGUGAGAGAAACGCUGACCCCUGCACCUCCUACAACUGCAAGUGGGACCAGGCCAGUAAUGGCAUGGUCUAUGUGCCGUACAUCAUCGCAGACGACUACACAUCCAGAGAGCGGGCCAUCAUUGAACGUGGCCUAGAGUCCUUCCACAGUGUCUCCUGCAUCCGAUUCGUCCCUCGAACCAGUGAAAGAGACUACAUCCACAUCCAAUCUCUGGACGGGUGCUUCUCCUAUGUGGGUCGGCGUUUUAACGCACAGGCUCUGUCUCUGAAGCGACAGGGCUGCCUGUACCAUCAUGUGGUGCAGCACGAGUUGCUGCACGCCCUGGGCUUUAAACACGAGCAGUGCCGCUCCGACCGAGACCAGUACAUCCGCAUCCUGUUGGAGAACGUCAUACCUGGUUGGGAGUACGCAUUCGACAAGAUCAACACUCUGAACCAGGGAACCCCCUACGACUACAACUCUGUCAUGCAGUACAGCAAGUACGCCUUCUCCAAGAACAACCAACCCACCAUGGUGCCAAUCCCUGAUCCAAACGUCGAGUUCGGAACAGCCACUGAGAUGAGCCAGAACGACAUCACCAGGCUCAACAGGCUGUACAACUGCAACUACUGA